AUGGAGUUAAAUCUGCACACUGCCGGUAGUGGCCUCUUUGAAACGCAUAUCACCUGGGAUGAUAUUGAGCAACGGAUCCGUAAAGAAAAAAAUUUGGACGUUGUGAUGGGAUCGAAAAAAAGUAUUCGACAGAUUGGCGAUGGAAAUGGAUUCAUGUCUCGUAUUGGUGUGGUUGAUGCCGAUUUCCAAGGAGACGUAAAAGGAUUACCGUCGAAAUUUGUUGUGAAGAUGAAUUGCGUGCUUGCCGGUAUGGAAAUAGCGGAAACCGUGAAAGAACGGCGUGGAGAUAACGUUGAUGUCCAGGAAGUAUUUGAUGGAUUCGACGAUAAAGUUCGGAAUCUGCACAAUCGCGAGGUGAAUGUGUAUCGAGUGUUCUCGCGGUUUGAUAACUCAAUCUCAAAAAUGCCUCUUGUUUAUUUUGCUCAGGAUUUUACGGAUGAAAACACGUUGAAAGGCUUUAUCGGUAUGGAAUGGGUAGACGAUGUUGAACUACGUCAUAUUUUCCACAACGUAACUCCAAAGGAAUUGUCAGGCGCUCUUCGUGCCCUCGCUUACAAUGAAGCAAAAAGUUUGCAGCUCACAGAUGAGGAAAGGGAAAAAUUGGCCAGCAAUCCAGUACCGGCUAUCUAUGCACCGAUUUUGCGUUCCGAUGUAUUGAAGCAGAUGGAAGCGAGGACAGCUUCUUGGAGCAACAAUUCCGGACGAUCCCUGGAUAAAACUUCAGACAAAAGAAUUCACGCAUGA